CAUUUGCGUUGUGGAGCACCCCGAUUGAACAUUGAAGAUUAAUUCGGUCAAAAAAAAAAUUCAAUUUGUUUCUUAAUAUAUAUAUAUAUAUAUAUAUAUAUAUAUAUUUGUUUAAAUCUCCGCGAUGUGGACUUUUUUGGGACUCGCCAGCUUCACGUAUCUGUACAAAAAAUCCGGAGCGGCUUGGACAUUGGCUCAGAGGGAACUUGUAACAGCUCUCGUCUUAUUUCUGUCCGCGGGGCUGCUGCUGUCUUAUUUCCGAUAUUUCCACGGCCGCACGCUCAGCUCGGCCGCUCAGGUGUUCCGCUCCGCUCUGAGCCUCUUGGCCCUCUUGCCUCUCAUCCACCAUCUCAUCCCUCAAAGUCCACCAGAGAGGAGUCGGAAUGCAGACAGCACGUGUCGAAAGAGGCUACGAAGACGGAAACAAGUGGAUAGUGGAUCUUCCGCUUCCACCUCCACCUCACAAGGCGGCUGCUCCACGGGGCUCGGGGCAGACGUCGAGCCAGAUGUGGCGAUAGUGGGGGCCGGCGUCCUGGGCUCGGCAAUGGCGGCCGUCCUGGCGCGGGAUGGUCGGAGGGUGACGGUGGUGGAGAGGGACCUGAAGGAGCCUGACAGGAUAGUGGGGGAGCUGCUGCAGCCUGGAGGCUACAGAGCGCUCAAAGAGCUGGGCCUGGAAGGCUCGGUGGAGGGUCUCGACGCCCAUCUGGUGAACGGUUACGUGAUCCAUGACAUGGAGAGCAGCUCGGAGGUGGAGAUCCCCUACCCUCAGGCCGAGGAGAACGUCCAAUGCGGACGUGCUUUCCAUCAUGGCCGAUUCAUCAUGGGUCUGCGCAGGGCUGCCCAAGCGGAGCCCAAUGCCACAUUUAUAGAAGGCAACGUCACCAGCUUGGAGGAGGAGGAUGGCUGUGUAACCGGAAUUCAAUACAAGGACAAACACACCGGGGACGUGAAGGAAGUGCACGCUGCCUUGACAGUGGUGGCUGACGGCUGUUUCUCCAAAUUCAGGAAGGGUCUGGUCUCCGGGAAAGCGCACGUUUCUUCUCACUUUGUUGGAUGCCUCAUGAAGGACUGCCCCCAGUUUAAAGCUAACCAUGCCGAAUUGGUGCUGGCCAACCCGAGCCCCGUGCUCAUCUAUCAGAUCUCCUCCAGCCACACCAGAGUGCUUGUGGACAUAAGAGGGGAGAUGCCACGUGACCUUCCGCAGUAUUUGGCGGAGAAAAUAUACCCUCAGCUGCCAGCGCAUUUAAAGGAACCUUUCAUGGAGGCGCUGCAGAACGAUCGUGUCAGGUCCAUGCCCGCCAGCUUCCUCCCUCCCUCUCCCGUCAACAAGUCAGGCGUGUUGCUCCUGGGUGACGCUUACAACAUGAGGCACCCUCUGACUGGAGGAGGGAUGAGCGUCGCUCUCAACGAUGUCCGCAUCUGGAGGAGCCUGCUGCGCGACAUUCCCGACCUGUGCGACGACACAGCCCUGCUGCGGGCAAAGAAAAGAUUUCACUGGGAGCGCAAGUCAUCACAUUCUUUUGUGGUGAACGUGUUGGCCCAGGCCCUGUACGAGCUGUUUGCAGCCACAGACGAGUCACUGCAUGAGCUGAGGAAAGCCUGCUUUCACUACUUCAGACUUGGAGGAGAGUGCAUCGAUGGACCAAUUGGACUCCUCUCAGUGUAUAAUAAUAUUACACCAUCUGUACACAACAAUGAGUUUACUUGCCCUAGUAGUAUUACACUUAUUACAUACUUGUCAAUGAACUACAAAUGUUUCCCUCCCCCCAGUUUGUCACCCAAACCAAUGAUCCUCAUUGGACACUUCUUUGCUGUGGCCUUGUACGCCAUCUACUUCAACUUCAAGUCCGAGUCUUGGCGCACCAAACACAGAGCUUUAUUUAAAAGCGGAGCAAUCGUCUUCCGGGCCUGCACGGUCAUGUUUCCCCUCAUCUACUCUGAGCUCAAGUACCUGGUGUACUGAACCGUGGGUGCACAGGGACCAAGACCAAACGUCAACAUCGAGCAAGACUUUGCAAAGAUAUGUUGUUUUUUUUCACGUCUUCAGCAUCAGCAAACACUUAGUGAAUAUUGCACCUAAUGACUUUGCCUUAACAACUACAGUACUUAUAUUGACGUGGAGAAACCUGCUGUUGUUGUGCCUCCAAUUUCAAGUCAUGAACCAGGCAAUGGACAAAAAAACUUGCCCCCACCCCCUAAAAUUAAACACUUUUCUGGUAUUUGAA